GAGAGCCUCAGAGGAAGGAGCCCCUGGGAGCCGGGCCCUCCACAGGCCAUGGCGAGCGUGGUGGUGAAGACGAUCUGGCAGUCCAAAGAGAUCCAUGAGGCUGGGGACCCCCCCGCAGGGGUCGAGAGUCGCUCCCAGCUGGUCCCCGAGGCUCCUGGGGGUGUGACCAGCCCAGUCAAAGGGAUCUCAAAGAAAAAGAAGGCCGUGUCCUUCCACGGGGUGGAGCCUCGGAUGUCCUAUGAGCCAAUGCACUGUUGCCUGAACCUCAAACGGUCCUCAGCCUGCACCAAUGUGUCCCUGCUCAACCUGGCCGCCAUGGAGCCCACCGACUCCUCGGGGACAGACUCAACCGUGGAAGACAGCGGCCUGCUGGCAUUGCCCGUGCCCAUCCCACCCUGGGCUCCAGAUGACCCAGACAUCACGGAAAUACUGAGUUGGGUUAACAGUGGAUUGGUCCACGCCAAAGACUCCAUCACCAGCUUGAAGGAAAAGACCACCCGGGUUAACCAGCACGUGCAGACGCUGCAGAGUGAGUGUUCUGUGCUGAGUGAGAAUCUAGAGAGAAGGCGGCAAGAGGCGGAAGAACUAGAAGGGUACUGUAGUCAACUCAAGGAGAACUGCCGGAAGGUGACCCGGUCGGUGGAAGAUGCUGAAAUAAAAACCAACGUCCUGAAGCAGAACUCUGCUCUGCUGGAGGAGAAGCUGCGCUACCUCCAGAUGCAGGAUGAGACGCCCAGGAGGCAGGAGGCUGAGCUGCAGGGGCUGGAGCAGAAGCUGGAGGCUGGCCUCUCCCGCCACGGCCUGGGCCUCGCCACCCAGCCCCCAGGCUGCUCCAGCCCGCCAGGGAGCCCCGACGAAUCCCCUCGACGGCGAGGCCUGGCCCCAGGCGGCUGGGGAAUGGGGCCCCGGGCAGGGGAGGGCCCCAUCGUGAGCGAGCAGGAGUUGCAGAAGGUCUCUGCCUACCUUGAGGAGCUGAGGAGGGAGGUGUCCUCACUGACCGCCCGGUGGCAUCAGGAGGAGGGGGCCGUGCAGGAGGCCCUACGGCUGCUCGGGGGCCUAGGCGGCAGGCUCGACAGCUUCCUGGGCCAGUGGGAGCGAGCGCAGCGCGAGCAGGCUCAGGCCGCGCGGGGCCUGCAAGAGCUGCGGGGCCGGACGGAAGAGCUGUGCACCAUGGUGGAGCGGUCAGCAGUGUCUGUGGCUUCACUGAGGAGCGAACUGGAGGCGCUGGGCCCAGUGAAACCGAUUCUGGAGGAGCUUGGGCGGCACUUUCAGAGCUCUCGUAGAGGGUCUGACCGCUCUAUGAACCUGGAUCGGGCCCCCCAAGGCUCCUGUGCCCGCUGUGCCAGCCAGGGACAGCAGUUGUCCACGGAGUUCUUGCAGCAGCUGCUGGAGCGAGCGCUGACCCCACUAGUGGACGAGGUGAAGCAGAGGGGCCUGGUUCCUGCCUGCCCCAGCUGCCAGAGGCUACACAAGAAGAUUCUGCCCAGUCCAGUAAGCCUAGCAGCACCUACACUCCUCUCCCCAGGAGCUGGAGCGCCAGGCCUUGGCCAAACAUGUCAGGGCAGAGGCCCUGAGCUCCACCCUUCGGCUGGCCCAAGACGAAGCCUUGCGGGCCAAGAACCUGCUGCUGACAGACAAGAUGAAGCCGGAGGAGAAGGUGGCCGCUCUGGACUAUCUACACUUGAAGAUGUGCUCUCUCCACGAUCAACUCAGCAACCUGCCACUUGAGGGGUCCAUGGGGACAAUGGGGGGAGGAAGUGAUGGGGGAACUCCCCCAAAACGUGGGGGCCCAACCCCUGAGCAAUAAAUGGCCCCUCAUGCUG